AUGUCAUCCAGCCAAGGCGAUAUCCAGGAGCGCAUUGCUGCAGCUCGCCGCGAGGGCGACAGUCUGAAGGAGCGCAUUCGUGCUAAGCGCGAAUCGUCCGCGGACACCAGUCUCCGCGCUAUGGCUGCCGAGGUCGACCCACUCCCCCGCAUUGUCAUGCGUCCGCGGCGCGCACUGCGCGGUCAUCUUGCCAAGAUUUACGCCAUGCACUGGGCAUCGGACAAGCGCCAUCUUGUCUCGGCCUCGCAGGACGGAAAGCUCAUCGUCUGGGACGCUUACACGACGAACAAGGUCCACGCAAUUCCGCUGCGUUCCAGCUGGGUCAUGACUUGCGCGUACGCUCCGUCGGGCAACUUUGUCGCUUGCGGUGGCCUGGACAACAUCUGCUCCAUCUACAACCUCAAUAACAAGGAGGGCAACGGCAUCAAGGGCGCCCGGGAACUGUCGGCGCACUCGGGCUACCUCUCGUGCUGCCGCUUUAUCAACGACCGUCAAAUCGUGACUUCAUCUGGAGACAUGACCUGCAUGCUUUGGGAUAUCGAAGCCGGUGUCCGUGUCGUCGAGUUCAGCGACCACACUGGCGAUGUGAUGAGUCUUUCGCUCGGCCCUAACCAGAACGUCUUCGUCUCGGGUGCUUGCGACGCGACAGCGAAACUCUGGGAUAUCCGCAGUGGCAAGGCAACACAGACCUUCACUGGUCACGAGUCCGAUAUUAACGCCGUCUCCUUCUUCCCUAACGGCGACGCGUUUGCGACUGGUUCUGAUGAUGCAUCAUGCCGUCUGUUUGACAUCCGCGCGGACCGUGAAUUGAACACCUACACGCACGACAACAUCCUGUGCGGCAUUACGUCUGUCGCUUUCUCGAUCUCGGGUCGCAUCCUCUUCGGCGGCUACGAUGACUGGACGUGCAAUGUCUGGGACACUCUCAAGGGUGAGCGUGUGGGCGUUCUCACCGGUCACGAGAACCGCGUGUCUUGCCUCGGCGUCAGCGCAGAUGGCAUGGCUCUGUGCACAGGGUCCUGGGACAGCACGUUGAAGGUUUGGGCGUAA